UUGCAUCUGUAUUAUGUGGUUACAACUGCAAGGAUACAGUCGUACAUGUAAUAUAGCUGCUGGCAGCUGUGUGCCCAGGGGGCGCACAGCCUGCUCCUGUAGGGUCUUUGCCUCGGAGCUUUUAUGCUAGGAUAAUGCACCAUGGCCUGUUGAGAGGCAGAGUUGUGCAGGGCAAAAGGCGCUGGCCUAGACUUGGGGGUCCUGUUGUGUUCCCAGCUCUGCCCCUGCCCUUGGCCAGGUCACUGCUGCAUUCUCUGCCUCAGUUUCCCCCUCCUCCACAUUUGUUUCAAGUGCUCCAGUUGGACUACUUUUCGCUGGGUUUAUACAGUGCCUGGCAAGAAGGGCCUCAUCCUUAGGGGUGGGGAAUGCUGCUAGAACAUCAAUGAUGCUGAAGUACUGGAUGAUACUUUACCCUGGAGGAUUAGCUCCCCUACUGAGGGGACUUUCGGCACUUGCUUACAUAACUGAUAGCCUGGACAGGCACCAAGGCUGAACACAUGUUGGUAAGAAACAUACAGAGCAGUCACAAACCAUCCAUUGCCUUUGCUGGGUUAGGGUUUUUGCUUCCAGCUGCAGUAAUAAAGUGUUCAUUAACGACAGCUGGAAGGUCCAGCUGUGGCAGUAACCUGUGCUAGAUGGGGAGUGUAGGAAAGGAGGAAGAGGUAAUAAAUGUUUACAAACCACCUGUUGAGGCCUGUGAUAUGGGGCCACAUUAAAAUAGUUGCCUAAUGUAUUAAUCUUUGGUACGCAGUUCAUAGGACACAGGGAUCCUCCGUAUGGUACAUAACCCCUAAUUCUGUCAUGCAUCGUAAAGGGAGGUCUGAAAGAAUUUGAAGGCUUCAGGUUGUGCUCCUGAAUCAUGCCUACAUCUAAAACCACUCCCUUACCACCCCCCAUGCACAGCCAUCCACCGCCUGUCUUCCUUUGUGAGCUCUGCUCUCAGUGGGACCACAACAGCUUGGUCUGUAACCAGAGCUCCUGACUGACUCCGCUGCCCAGUUUGGAUGGGUGACGCUCGCCUUGGGAAAUAGGCGUUGUUAUUUUGCCACGUGAGUAAUCCCUGAGCCAUCAGUCUCUUAAAAAUAGAAGAUGGCAUCUUGAGGGCGUGGAAGAUGCAGAGAAUUCUGGAUGGGGCCAGGCCUGGUCGGCAUAGGCAUAAAAGCUGCUGGCUCCCACCAGCCGAGCAGAAGGGCUCCAGCACCACUGGAGAGGACUCAGCCCCAGCGCCCUGGGCCAAUUGCAGAAGCAGCGAUGCUGUGCCGCCUGCACCUCCAGCCACCCUGCCACGGCGCCCUGGCUCCCUGGGUGGGCCCCGUGCGCACACUGUGGCCUCAACCCAGCGUCCUCUUUGCUGAGCUGGAGCGGGAACUGCGAUGGGAGAUGGAGCGAGCCCAGGAGCUUAUGAGCAGUUUCCAGCAGCUCUUAGCAGGUGGAGGGAGCAGUAAUCCCAGCAGAGGGCAAGAGCAGAGCACCAGCAUGACCCUGCCCCAGGGAGUGGAUGGGGCCUUCACUGUGUGCCAGGAUGUCAAGGGCUUUGAUCCUAAUGACCUAAUGGUGAAGCUGGUGGGCAGAAAGGUGCUGCUGACAGGCAAGAAGGAGAUGCAGAGUGAGGAUGGUAAAGGCUCCUUCUCCUACAAGUACGAGGUGUUCAAGCGGGAGUGGGACGUGCCUGAGGGCGUGGACCCUGACGGCCUGACCUGCUCCAUCUCCAGCGAGGGCCAGCUGCGCAUUGAAGCCCCACGCCAGGCACUGAUAGCUGCCCCGGAGAGGAAUGUACCCAUCCAGAUCACCCCGGCGGGCAGUGCAGAAGCUGGAGCUGUGGUGGGCUCUGAAGAGGGGGCCAAUGGCAGAGCCAAGGCAUAACGGGGACUGAGAGCUGACAGAUGUUGCCCAGGCUGAGCCAGGGAGAGCAGAAUCCUGGAGCAGGAGCUGAGCUGAGACUUAGUGGAGACUGAUGCAGGCCCCGUGGGGGUAGGAAGAUGAGGGAGACUGUCUAACUGUCCUUGAG